AUGAACGGCAUCAAAGCAGACCCCGACGUUCUGACUCCCUCGGGUGGUGGCGGUUUUAUGGAUGACGAGUUUUACGAGGAUACGGGCGAGAUGCUUAUGGACAAGAGCGGCGCCGACAAGGACGUAUGGGUGACGCGCAUUCCAGAUUGGCUGUAUGAGGCAGUCUCAAAGUGGGACGACCUCGCCGACGGCAACGACAACGACCAGAUACAAAUCGGAGAAGUUGUAGCCUUCGCGACAACGAGCGGCAUCGACAAAUCAAAGCAAAUGCGUGUCUUUCUUAAUGACCGCUGGCGCCAGAAAUCCAAACUGCCGUCUUCCUUCCAGUUGGAGCCUGCAUCUGUUUCAGACACGCUGCUGAAGAACACAUACGUUUUCACGGAAAAGGACCUACCGGGGUUCAAGGGCCAGGGCUACGGAUACGGUCGAGGUAAUCAACAAGGAGGCUUUGGGGGUGUUCAAGAUCCCAAGGCGCGCAUCCAGAAGCGCAGCAAAUACAAGAAGGCCAUCCCCAAGCAAACCGCACUCAUCGGCCACGCGACACGGCAAUACACUGCCAACCCCCUCGACACGCAGGAGUACCAAGACUUCAGCGCUGCACGCAUCAAGCAAGCCAUCCAGGGUUCCCACCUCACAACAAUCAUCACCAAAGAUACCGAUGUCUCAGACGUCAACAACUCCAUUACGCUCAACAACAGAUUCAAGAACUUCAUCAAGCCCACUACCAAGGCCAAGUCUCAGCAGAACAAAGCCGCUCGUAUGGCUCGAUCAGAUCUCAUCGACGUUUUGCAUUCUCUGUUCGACGAGUACCAAUAUUGGCCCAUGAAAGCUAUCAAGCAACGCACAAAGCAGCCGGAACAAUAUCUCAAAGAGGUCUUGGGCGAUAUCGCGCUCCUUGUCAAGUCUGGGCCGUUUGCGAGUAACUGGAAGCGCCAGGCCGUUUUCGAGAAUCAACGCGAUAUCAGUAAGCAGGCUGAGGCAGCAGCGCCCGAAGGCCCUGGUGACGGAGAUUCAGAGGGUGAAGAUGAAAUGGAGGAUGUAGUUUAG